AAAUUUCCCCACAAACACGGUGAUCUUUGUCCAAUCAUAAGAAAAGAUCUAGUCCAAACUCCUUUCUAUUUUCUUCGUUAGGUUACUCCCAAGAAGUCAAAAGCCAAUCCCAUGGCUAGCUCAUUGGCCAUUUUUUGUGUGGUCAUGGCGUUGGGAAUGUUGAGUUGUGGGGCUGAGGCUCGUGCCUUUUUUGUGUUUGGAGACUCACUGGUCGACAAUGGUAACAACAACUACUUAGCCACCAGUGCUCGUGCCGACUCUCCUCCUUACGGCAUUGACUAUCCCAACCGUCAACCCACCGGCCGUUUCUCCAAUGGCCUCACCAUUCCUGACUAUAUCAGUCAGAAUCUUGGUGCAGAACCUACAUUGCCAUACUUGAGUCCACAGCUCACAGGGCAAAAGCUACUAGUUGGUGCAAACUUUGCCUCCGCUGGCAUUGGAAUUCUCAAUGACACUGGGGUUCAGUUUGCAAAUAUAAUCAGAAUGCCAUUGCAAUUGCUAAACUUCCAACAAUACCAGCAAAGGUUGUCUGCCCAAAUCGGACCUCAACGGACCAAACAGCUCGUAAAUCAAGCACUCGUCCUCCUCACCGUCGGCGGCAACGAUUUUGUCAACAACUACUACCUAGUGCCUUUCUCCGCAAGAUCUCGCCAGUUUUCUCUGCCAGACUAUGUCAAAUACCUCAUUUCCGAGCUCCGAAAAAUUCUCUUGAAAAUGUAUGAUCUUGGAGUACGAAGGGUUUUGGUGACGGGGACAGGACCGAUGGGCUGCGUGCCUGCUGAAUUGGCCAUGAGAAGCAGGAAUGGAGAAUGCGCAGCAGAGCUGCAACGAGCGUCGGCUCUGUACAACCCGCAACUCAUUCAGAUGCUGAGAUCAGUCAACAGCCAACUCGGUUCUGAUGUCUUCGUUGCUGCCAACAUACAGGAGACCCGCAAUGACUUCAUCAGGAACCCUCAAACAUUUGGAUUUACUACAUCAAAGAUUGCAUGCUGUGGGCAAGGACCUUACAAUGGCUUGGGGCUGUGCACAAGAGCUUCCAAUUUGUGCCCGAACCGCGACCUAUACGCUUUCUGGGAUGCAUUUCAUCCGUCCGAAAAGGGAAACAGACUGAUCGUUGAGAAUAUUUUGACAGGGGAUGAAAAGUACAUGUACCCCAUGAAUCUUAGCACCAUCUUGGCUUUGGAUUCCAGGACCUAAGACAUAUUUCCAUGUGAAACUAAUAUUUAUGUGUACUAGAUUAUGAUCUGUGUUGAAUGCCAGUACUAUCUGCCAUUUAUGUUUGUGCGUCGCUGGGAUGUCUAGUGAUUAAAAACUGAUUGGCUUCCCAAUUGCUUUCUAGUUUUUGUAAUGGUUUGAUUUGCAAGAUUUUCCCCAGGGUGAUAAUGUAAAACUUACCGACAACUUAAGUACAAUCAUUUUAAUUUACAUU